CCUGCUUGCUCGGGAGAACCAGGGGGACACAGGGAUAAAAACUAUGAAAACAACCCUUCUUGAGGCUGUCCAGAAAAGAUUCAAGACCAUCGAGAAUGAGCCCUUGUAUGCAGUUGCCACUCUUUUAGACCCAAGAUUCAAAGACAGAUACUUCACAAGUGCAGACAGCAUCAAACAUGCCAAGGAUGCUCUGACCCAAGAGGUGGAAAAGAUGGAGGUGUUACAGAGCAGGACCACACCUGAGGGAGCAGAGAGAGUGCCAGAAAACCCCCAUAAAGCCCCCCGUAUGGAAGCACAGCCGGACAGCAGCAGCAGCAGAAAGAGCAGCUUGAAAGGCCUGUUUGAGGAAAUCCUGCAGGAGCAUGAUGAGGAACGUGGGGCAAGCAGCACAAGCACGCAAGUUCAAAUACAGACAUAUUUGACAGAGCAAACGGUCCCACGCUCAGACAGCCCAUUCCAUUACUGGGGAGUCAACGCAAUUCGGUUUCCCACCCUGGCUGCCACUGCUGCAAAGUUUCUCUGUGCUCCUUGUACCAGUGUUGACAGUGAGAGACUGUUCAGUGCAGCGUCCAACAUUGUUGACGCAAGAAGGAACAGGCUAGGAGGAGAGAGGGCAGAAAUGCUUAUCUUCUUGAAGAAGAAUCUGCCUUUGCAUUUGAAAUUAUGAGCAAUACUAAAUUGCUAGAAAUGCUACUGCAAUGUGUAGCCUACUUGUUUUAAAGUAUUUUUUGUUUACUGUGUAGCUGCUGCUCUUUUGA